ACCAGACUUAAAUAUAUUGAGUGGAUCUCCGUUGCAUUAGUCCUCAGUCGGGAUACCAUACCAAAGCGACCAUGAAGAGGGCUCUGUUUUGCAGGGGCGCGCUUUUAGCGCAGCAGGUUGCAUCGGAGAUUUCACAGCAUGCAGCGAUUUCGCCGGCUCUCUUACCCCGUUUCACCCGCGCUAUGUCAUCGGUCUCUAUUCCACCACCGGCAUGCCUGCUCAGACCCCUCGAGGCUCCUCAUCGUUACAUGUUUGGGCCGGGGCCAUCCAAUGUGCCCCCGCGCAUUCUGGCCGCAGGUGGGAGGCCAAUAAUUGGACAUAUGCAUGCAGAAAUGUUUGAGAUUAUGAAUGACAUCAAGAAGGGAAUACAGUAUGCCUUUCAGACAGAGAAUAACAUGACGAUUGCCAUGAGCGGGUCUGGACACACAGCCAUGGAAUGCGCCAUCUCCAACAUUGUGGAGCCGAGAGAGAGUGUUCUCGUAGGAAUCAAUGGAAUCUGGGGAGAGCGCGUGGCGGAAAUUGCUGGGAGGAUGGGCGCCGUUGUUCACACUAUGGUGAAAGCUCCAGGUGGUUAUUUUACCAACGAAGAAAUUGAACAGGCCCUGGCCAAGCACAAGCCUGUGCUUUUCUUUCUAACACACGGCGAAUCGUCUGCAGGCAUCGCGCACCCAGUCGAUGGCAUUGGUGACCUGUGCCGCCAGCACAACUGUUUGUUCUUAGUGGACUCAGUGGCAUCUUUGGGUGGUGCACCCCUUUACAUGGACAAGCAAAACAUUGAUAUCCUGUACACGGGUUCCCAGAAGGCAUUGAAUGCCCCUCCAGGGACUGCGCCCAUCUCCUUUAAUGACAGAGCAUGUGAGAAGAUGUUCAACCGGAAAACAAAGCCAGUGUCCUAUCUCCUGGACAUGACAUACUUGUCCAAUUACUGGGGCUGUGAUGGCAAACCAGCAAGAAUAUACCACCACACAGGGCCUGUGUCUGGGUUCUUUGCUCUGAGAGAGAGCCUGGCUAUCCUUGCAGAGACGGGGCUAGAGAACUCAUGGAGACAUCACAAGGAGGUGGCAGAGUACCUGUAUCAAGGCCUGGAGGACCUGGGGCUCAAGCUAUUUGUUCCAGACAAAAGCCUAAGGUUGCCAUCGGUCACCACUAUUGCCGUUCCCUCGGGGUACAACUGGAGGGAGAUUGUAGCUUACAUCGUGAAACACCACCAAAUGGAAAUCACUGGAGGCCUGGGGCCCUCUGUGGGAUUGGUGCUGCGUGUGGGUCUCAUGGGAUACAACUGUAGCAAGGCCAAUGCUGACAUGGUUUUGGUGGCACUUGCUGAUGCUCUGAAGAACUGUCCCAAAGCCUAAAGAGAAUGUCUGCCCCUUUUGUUUCACGGGCAAAAGAAUGUGAUAAUCUGAAACAGACUGCCCCCAGGGGCUGUCAGAAGGAAUCCCUCCUCAGGAUUUUUUUUAUAAUAAAACUGUGGAUAUUGGAAAGAACAUUUAACAGAACAUAAAAUAAUAGGCAAAAUGAUCAAAUACAAUCACAUGUAGUGGUUCACCAGAUUAAUGCGCAUGUUUGUUUAAAUCAAUGUCAGCACAACACCCUUACAAAGAAUUAAACUGUUUAAUAAAAUGUAUGUUGGA